CCACAGCUCUGUCUCCUAGGCCACUAAACCUCGGCAGUCUCCUGGAAUAAAGAAAGCAAAGGAAGCCUAGAGUGGGGACGAAGAAGCCCGAGGCACUCUGAGAACUGCCACCUUUUCCAUGUUUGCCGCUUGACACUUCUCAUCAGGGACCACAUACCUGAAGCAGGAGUUGAAGACUCGCCUGGUGCCUCAACAGGACUGACUUCCUGGGCCUGGAGUUGGAGGUUAGAGAUCUGAAAUGGCUCAGCUGAUCACUGUGCAGUUGUUGCUCCUGGUGAUGUCGAUGGCCGAGUGUGCCCAGUCCAGAGCUACUCGGGCCCGGACUGAACUUCUCAAUGUCUGCAUGGAUGCCAAGCACCACAAAGAAAAACCAGGCCCUGAAGACAAUUUACACAACCAGUGCAGCCCCUGGAAGACGAAUUCCUGCUGUUCCACGAACACAAGCCAGGAAGCACAUAAGGACAUUUCCUACCUGUACCGGUUCAACUGGAACCACUGUGGAACUAUGACAUCGGAAUGCAAACGGCACUUUAUCCAAGACACCUGUCUCUAUGAAUGUUCCCCGAAUUUGGGACCCUGGAUCCAACAGGUGGACCAGAGCUGGCGCAAAGAGCGAAUCCUUGAUGUUCCCCUGUGUAAAGAGGACUGUCUGCAGUGGUGGGAGGACUGCCGCAGCUCUUUUACCUGCAAGAGCAACUGGCACAAGGGAUGGAACUGGACCUCGGGGCAUAACGAGUGCCCUGUGGGAGCCUCCUGCCAUCCCUUCACCUUCUACUUCCCCACACCCGCUGCUCUGUGUGAGAAAAUCUGGAGUAACUCCUACAAGCUCAGCAACUAUAGCCGAGGGAGCGGCCGCUGCAUCCAGAUGUGGUUCGAUCCAGCCCAAGGCAACCCCAAUGAGGAAGUGGCGAGGUUCUAUGCUGAGGCCAUGAGUGGAGCCGGGUUUCAUGGGGCCUGGUCACUAGUGUGCAGCCUGUCCUUGGUGCUGCUCUGGGUGUUCAGCUGAGUUCCUGUUACCUCCAGUCUGGAGCGCCACCCUGCCUGGCUUAGCCUCCCAGCUCUCAGCCUCCUUUGUGGUGGGGUUCUGACAACCUGUUUAAUAAACCAGACAUUCCACAUAUGCCUUAUGAAUUA